UGUUGCUCCACCAGCAGAAAGCUCCUUUAUAUGUCCGCGGAGCGAGACUUGCUGACAGACCAACCAGAGAAGAGGCUUCCAGCAGAGCAGCAGAGGGCGGCCCGCUCUGAAUGUUGGCGGACACUUUGAAAGGAUUUCCCACCAAUCAGCAGCGUAGCUUCGGGCGGUGGGUCGCUCCUCUGGGCGGUGCUGAGCUCCAGGAGGAGCCCCUCACCAAUCAGGAGCCGGAGGUCUGAAGCAGCGUCACCAUUUCACAGUUUAAGAGCAGCGUGUCUCUUCAUUGGAGCUACUACACCUCCUGAACAGAGAAAGAAGAAGUCAUGGCAAGAACCAAGCAGACCGCUCGUAAGUCUACCGGAGGCAAAGCCCCCAGGAAGCAGCUGGCCACCAAGGCUGCCCGUAAGAGCGCCCCGGCCACCGGCGGCGUGAAGAAGCCUCACCGUUACAGGCCCGGUACCGUGGCUCUGAGAGAGAUCCGUCGCUACCAGAAAUCCACGGAGCUGCUGAUCCGCAAGCUGCCCUUCCAGCGCCUGGUGAGAGAAAUCGCUCAGGACUUCAAGACCGACCUGCGCUUCCAGAGCUCCGCUGUCAUGGCUCUGCAGGAGUCCAGUGAGGCUUACCUGGUCGGCCUGUUCGAGGACACCAACCUGUGCGCCAUCCACGCCAAGAGGGUCACCAUCAUGCCCAAAGACAUCCAGCUGGCCCGUCGCAUCCGCGGAGAGCGAGCUUAAACUGUCUGCUGCUCCACAAACCACAACGGCUCUUUUAAGAGCCACCUCACUCUUCACUGAAGGGCUCAUUCCUCUACU